AUGACGAUCUGCACUUAUAACGCAAGUACGCUUGCAUCAGAAGCGGCCACCGAAGAUCUGAUAAUGCAAGCCAAGAAGAUCAAGUACGACGUCAUCGGACUGACCGAGACGAGACGACGUCACCUUCUCAACGCCGUAUAUGCAACUGGAGAAGAACUGUCCUUAGGAGCAUGCGAAAAUAGUGGUCUUGGUAGAGUCGGCGUCCUCGUCAACACGAAAACGGCAAAGAACAUCGACUUUUUCGAACAACUUACGACCCGAAUCGGACGUCUGCGAAUGAGCCGAUGUGGUCCAACACCAGCCUUGACUAUCUUCGUCGCUUACGCUCCAACAUCAAGCUACAAAGAAGAAGAAGUCGAAGCUUUCUAUAUGGACCUGGAGAUGUUCUACCGAGAAGAUCAUGCCUUCUACAAGGUCAUAAUUUGGUAUUUCAACGCCAAAGUUGGCUCAAGAAGAACGCCGGAGGAACUUCAUAUCGGGAAUCACGGCCUACAAUGGAAUGACCAAGGGCAGAGGCUCUCCGAAAGCCCUCCUCUCUACGCUGGACGUGGAGGGUACCGUGAUGAAAUAGACCACAUCAUCGUCAAUAAAAGGGGAAAAGAGAAAGCCGCCAAGUUCAGAGAGAGAAAUCCCAGAACUAUCAUUAACUGGGAUCUGUUCGCUACGCCAGCUGGCUUUUGGGAAGAUUCCGGAAUGGGCAACAUCGACGAGGAACAUGACCGGCUCGUUGAACACCUUCAGGACUGCGCGAAGAAGCGUGGAGCAGCACGAGCCGCAGGGAACCAAGAACUCACGUCCGAGCUCGCAAGGCUUUGCAGAGAGGCGAUAAAGGAAGCCCUUAAAGAGAGAAGAGCAGAAAUGCUGGCUGAAGCUGCAGAGGCGGGGAAAAGCAUUCGCUAUGCCCGUCGAGACUUCGCCAAUCGCAAGACAAAGAUGACAGCCCUUCAGAACAAGAAGGGAACAACCAGUGCAUUGGGAAGGGGAAUGGAGAAAAUCAUCUACGACUACUACUCUGAUCUUUUCGACACCCUGGCGAGGCUCUUUACACGUUACCUGUCGGACUGCAGGGUUCCUGAACAGUGGAAGACCAGCAAGACGGUGUUGAUGCAUCGGCAACCAAUCUGCUUACUGUCCGUCAUCUACAAACUUUUUACAAGAGUGAUCCUUAAUAGGAUUGAAAAAAUCUUGGAUGAAGGACAGCCAUGCGAGCAAGCAGGGUUUCGAAAAGGAUUCAGCACGAUUGACCACAUUCACAUUGUUUCAAAAUCCAUCGAGGUAUCACGAGAGUACAAGAUGCCGCUCUGUCUCACCUUCAUCGAUUUGAAGAAGGCUUUCGACUCACUUGAGACGGAAGCGGUUGUGAAAGCAUUGGACAACCAAGGCGUCCCUCCUCAGUACAUAAAGGUAUUUCGAGAGUUGUACAGUAACUUAGCGACCGGAAUUUCGCCAUUCUACAAGUAUAUCAUCAUUGACGUGAAGAGGGGGGUCCAAAAGAAUGAUACAAUCCCACCAAAAAUAUUCACAGCCACCCUCGAGAACGCAAUGCGAAAGUUGGAAUGGGAAGACAUGGGAGUGAAGAUAGCCCAUUCACGCUCGACGGAACGAACAUGUCCGAAUGCACCAGCUACUAAUUAUCUGGGUCGGAAAUUGAACAUGAUGAACGAUCUGACCCCCGAGAUGGGCAGGAGGAGACAAGCGGCUUGGGGAGCGUACAAGAGCAUCGAGGAUGUAGUGAAGAAGACCAGGAACACCCGACUCCGUGCUCACCUCUUCAACGCCACAGUACUUCCUGCUUUGACCUAUGUUCGGAAACCUGGGCUUUUCGCAAACAGGAAGAAAACGCGAGGACCGUCUUCGCUUUUUUGGUUGUGUACUGAGAAGACUAGCACACCACCUUGUUCAACGGGUUCUGAGGACGUUGUGAGAGUGAACGCGGAAGAGGUCACCUGGCCGAAAGCGGAUGUUCUGGACUGGGGUGGUGAAAGAGGACCUGAGGACAAUCGGCGUGGAUAG